AUGUAUUGGUUUGAAAAUAAGGAAAAAUAUGAGGAUGAAGUAGAACUUGCAGCGCAAUAUGCAGCAUGGAGGGUAAAAAAUAAAGUAAGCAUAUUGUUUAGUGUGCAUAGGAAAAUUGAUCAUGAAAAUCUUGUAUCAUUUUCUAAAAAAGAGGUUGAUAAAAUUGAAGUGUUGUAUUCAGAUGAGAUAAAAGGACGCUAUGGUUUUGAUCUCACAAGUGAGAAGACUAGUUUAGAUAAAGCAUUAGAUAACGUUAACUACUGCAUAUUUUGCCAUAAACAAAAUAAAGAUAGUUGUGCAAAAGGACUUAGUAAUAAUAAUACUUUUAAAAGAUCUCCACUUGAAAUGGAAUUACAUGGUUGCCCUCUAGAGCAAAAAAUAUCAGAAAUGAAUAUGGUGAAAAGUGAGGGAUAUAGUAUUGCAGGUCUUGCAAUUGUGAUGAUAGAUAAUCCAUUAUGUGCUGCAACGGGUAACAGAAUAUGCAAUGACUGCAUGAAUUCGUGCAUAUAUCAAAAACAAGAACCUGUAAACGUGCCAAUGAUCGAAACUAAAAUCUUGGAUGACGUACUUGGUUUACCUUAUGGAUUUGAAAUAUAUUCCCUGCUUAGCCGUUGGAAUCCUUUGAAUUUUCAACGUCCAUUGCCAAAAAAAAAUACAGGAAAAAAUGUUUUAGUGGUUGGUCUUGGGCCUGCAGGGUUUAAUCUAGCAUAUCACUUACUGAACGAUGGACAUAAUGUCGUUGCUAUUGAUGGAUUAAAAAUUGAGCCGUUGAUUGAUAAUUUUCAACCUAUUAGAGACUUUAAAUGUAAAAAUUUUGCCCUUUAUGGAGGCAUUCGUUUUGGUGGUACAAUCACUGUAAAUGAUGCAUUUUAUCUAGGAUUUGAUCAUGUUGCUUUAGCACUUGGUUCAGGUAAGCCUCGAAUGAUAAAAAUAAAGAACAUGCUGGCUAAUAUGGCAUCAGACUUCUUAAUGUCAUUGCAACUAACUGGUGCCUUAAGAUCCGAUUCUAUAGCAAACUUGCAAGUCCAUUACAUUGAAAAAAAUUGGACAGAUGAGGAACGUGAAAUUGCAGGUGAGUUCAUAUCACAUGCAAAGUUAAUUAGGGAAGUUGCAAAAGAAGAGGGAAGGGAGCGGAAAAUAGUGAAGUUAAUGCAGAAUUUGGGAGGAGUUAAGAUUGUAUAUAGAAAAGAGUUAAGGGAUUCGCCAGGCUAUCGACUAAAUAGUGAAGAGGUACAAAAUGCGUUGUCAGAAGGAGUAUAUUUUAUUGAAAAUCUAGAACCAAUUGAAAUUGUUGCAGAUAAAUAUAACAAUGCUGAGUAUUUGAAACUAGUCAAUAAAAAAUCUGGUGAAAUAAAACAUAUCAAAGCGCGUUCCAUUUUUAUAGCAGCAGGUACUGAACCAAAUACAAUUAUUGCAACUGAAGAUAGGGAACACUUUAAAUUAAAGGAUGGGUACUUUACUCAUCUAGAUUCAUCAGGAAAAGAAGUGGAUCAGGUAUUCUCUCCUAAAAUGCAGAAUAAAGAUAGGAUAUUAGCUUACAAGCAAGGCAAUAAAAUAAUUAGUUUUUUUGGUGACCUGCAUCCAUCAUAUAGCGGUAGUGUUGUAAAAGCUAUGGCAAGUGCUAAGAAUGGAUACCCUAUUAUUUCUCAGCUUUUGAGUGAAAUAAGUGAUAAAAAGACAAAAAGUAGUGAAGAAUUUUUUGCUGAAAUCAAAGAGCAACUUACUGCAAAAGUUAUACAAGUGCAAUAUUUAACUGACACAGUGGUGGAAAUAGUGAUUAAAGCACCACUUGCUGCUAAAAAUUUUCAACCUGGACAAUUUUUUAGACUACAGAAUUUUGAAACCAACAGUAAAAGAAAUAAUAAUACACAACUUGCUAUGGAAGGCAUAGCUGUCACUGGUACUGAAGUAGAUAAAGAAAAAGGCAUAAUCUCUACUAUUGUACUUGAAACAGGAGGUUCUACUAAUUUGUGCAAAUUCUUAAAAGAAGGUGAAUUAAUAAUUCUUAUGGGUCCGACGGGCAGUCCAACUGAGAUUUAA